CAUGCGCUAGGCAUACACAUGUACGUUUAAUCCGGCAGACAGCGGAGGGAUGGGAGUCAGUGAACAAGAGGUUGCUCUCUGAUUGACAAACAGAGCUGCUGAGUAUUCACACGACCAGGACAGCUGCUGCUGCUGUGGACAUUGUAAAGGAUCAGAAUUUUACCUCCUGGAAUAGUUCAUCAUCUCUUUGUGCUCAUGUGUCUUCAUUCUCGGUGUUAUCUGUAGCACUGAGCUCUAGAUUAAAAGGAAAUUGCAGGACGAUUAAAUCUGCCCGUCAGUCUGUGAUGAGCCUCUGAUUACUACAGAAAGCUUGACUGAGACAGACGGAUGUAUCGAGGACAAGCCAGUCGUGACUGCAAAGGGAGAUUUGUUAAACUGCUCCUCUCAUCGCAGGACACUGUACCUUUUUUGGAGGGUGCGUCUUCGUCUGUUUUUGUGUCUGUGCCAGGACCGGGACAGUGUUCCUGUGCCUGCGGUCUGUUGGUUUCUGUAGCAGACAAAGCAGACAGACCCACACAGGCUGAUGCUGUGUUGAAGCAGGAAACCCUCGGAAGACGAUAAUUAUCCUCGCUCCUCUCCUCUUCUCUUGUCUCUGCAGACAUAGCAGACCACCCUAACACUGACCUGACCAAGAGACUAUCCAGACUGAAAGGAGCCGUGUCUUACAGACUGACCCACCACAAGUUUUAACCAGAGCACCUAAAGCCGUGUCCCGGGCGGCUCCCAGUCCCAGCCAGGAUGCAGGUGUCGUUAGUGUGUACAGACCACAACCGUGGAGGGGUAAGCCGCAGCACAGAGGAACGGCUCAACCACCGCCAGAAUGCCAACAGCCCUAACACAGGCACCCGCAGCAAGUUCAGGGCUGUGGCGAUGGUGGCCCGUAGUCUGGGACAUCUCACUGUCCAGAGCCAGCCCACGUCCAGCGACCAGAGCAUACGGACCGGCAUGAAGUAUAGAAACCUUGGGAAGUCUGGCCUGAGGGUGUCCUGCCUUGGACUAGGAACAUGGGUGACGUUCGGUGGGCAGAUAACAGACGAGAUGGCUGAGCAGCUUGUGUGUCUGGCCUACGAGAAUGGCAUCAAUCUGUUUGACACAGCAGAGGUCUACGCUGCAGGGAAGGCUGAGGUGGUGCUGGGGAAUGUCAUAAAGAAGAAAGGAUGGAGACGUUCCAGUCUGGUGAUCACAACCAAGAUCUUCUGGGGUGGAAAAGCAGAGACUGAGAGAGGCUUAUCCCGAAAACACAUUAUAGAAGGUUUAAAGGCCUCACUGGAGAGACUACAGUUAGAGUAUGUGGACGUGGUGUUUGCAAACAGACCGGACCCCAACACUCCCAUGGAAGAGACGGUGCGGGCGAUGACCCACGUGAUCAACCAGGGCAUGGCCAUGUACUGGGGCACGUCCCGCUGGAGCCCCAUGGAGAUCAUGGAGGCAUACUCUGUGGCGCGACAGUUCAACCAGAUCCCUCCUAUCUGUGAGCAGGCUGAGUACCACAUGUUCCAGAGAGAGAAGGUAGAGGUGCAGCUGCCAGAGCUCUUCCAUAAGAUAGGUGUGGGGGCGAUGACAUGGUCACCGCUGGCCUGUGGGAUCAUUUCAGGGAAAUACGACAGCGGGGUCCCACCUUACUCCCGCGCCUCUCUUAAGGGCUACCAGUGGUUGAAGGACAAGAUCUUGAGCGAGGAGGGCCGGCGUCAGCAGGCGAAGUUGAAAGAGCUGCAGGCAAUCGCGGAGCGGCUGGGCUGCACUCUGCCCCAGCUCGCCAUCGCGUGGUGCCUACGGAAUGAGGGGGUGAGCUCCGUCCUCUUGGGAGCGUCCAACACCGACCAGCUGAUGGAGAAUAUAGCAGCAAUACAGGUUCUUCCCAAACUAUCCUCCUCCAUCACACACGAGGUAGAUAGCAUCCUGGGGAACAAGCCGUACAGUAAAAAGGACUACCGCUCAUAACGCACCACCACGCCAGCCAGGGCUGCUCCAGGGCUGCAGCGCAGCGCCAAGCCCCACCUUUGCCUGAUCCUCUGUUUGCUUGAGCUUUUACUGAAUGAGACCCCGGCGCAUGAGUCUGACCCCACCUCAGCCACCCUGGGGAGCAUCAUUUAGACUUACAGGGAGAAGAAAAGGAGGAAAACAUAGAGAGAGAUGGUCACAUCUGCAGGGAAGGAAGGAUAGAUAGAAGGACAGAACAAGAGAUUAAAUGGAUAUGUGCUCAUAGAUAAAUCAGUUGUGCAUACAAUUCAGCUGAAAAUGUAUUUAAAAAACGGAAGAAAAAAUACUUACAAAAAAAAAAACGCUUGCUUGGAAGCCAGAUAUCUAUUUAUUUUUUGCAUUUUUUUCUCUAAAUACUGAAUGAAUACCAAUGGAAUUUUAAGUUUAUACAGAUAUACAACAAAAACUCUGUUGCACAUGUAUAGCCGCACAUUUAUUAUUUUUUUUGUUCUGUUUACAUGUCCAUCACAGUUUCUCUGAAACAGCUGUUUGUUUGUGUUGUCUACACAUUAUCAGUGUACUAGCCUCCUCGCAGGCAGAACAAUCAGCACUUUAGUAUUGUACAGUUCAGUCAUUGAGAGGUUGUAGAAGACGUGAGAGGAUGAAAUAACUCAACCAUAUCACACACGGUGAGUCAUUGCACUGUAGAAUCUCCUCCCCUGUUUCAGUUUCCUACCUGUUCCCCUCAGUCAGUCUGGUCUCCACAGUGCUGGUUUUGCCAGGCUUGGUCCUGGUGCUCUGACUGACCCAUGGUCCCACUAACUGCUAAAGUCAGGUAGAAGGUACUGAGAGGAGCAGGGUGUAGGACUGCCCCCUAGUGGAAGGGUUUUGCUCUGCUCUGAGCCUCCUCUCAUGCUUCAGGCCUGUCCAUCGAGCAUCUGUUGAUAAGAUCCUUUGGCAGGCUAGUGUUUGAUUGCCAUACAAAGGGUUUAUUACAGGCCAUGUAAAAUGAUGGUUGUAUCUGUAUACCUUUAUGUGGCAGUGUUACUUUCUGAAACAAUACAGUAACUGCAUCAGACAUAAUGGUCUUAAUUGUGCUCCUUGGUCAGUUUUGCACACCUAUUUAUUGAAGUGUCAUUUUAAUUAAAAUUCUCAUGAAAAUGGCACAUUACCUAAAUUGUGCUCAUUGUGUGCGUGAGUGUUGCCUUAUUUAGGAACUGUGCUGGGCUGAGACAGCAGCCCCAUAGCUGCCAUUGGAUACAGCCUAUCAGGGCACAGACUGUUAUUUGACAAUAGUCCCUGGCCUAUGGAAACACUAGUUGGUUUUGGUGGCAGCCCUUCCUGCCCAAUAGGAGUGAAAGCUCAGGGAUCGGAACAGAGACACUGUAUUUAAUGUAAAUGUCUUUCUUUCAUGUGUGGACACUCGAUGGAGACCUGUCCACUGUCCAACCAGGGACAUUUUCACGUGGCUUGAGCCAAAGAUAUUCAAACAUCUUUCAACGACACAUCUAAGUGUGUGUGGCUUGUUGGAAGAGUAUAGCGACUGUCUUAAAGCGUAUACUAUCCAGCUUAUUACCUAUUGACUCUCUUCACAUGUACAGUAUAAUCACUUGACCAUGCUGUUCUAUGCUUAUACCCACAUAUACAGUAUAAAUGCAAUGUACACUCCUCUACUUAGGGAAUGAUACGUUGAUUUUCAGACGGCAGAUGAUAAUCUAUACAUUUUCAAUAAUCGUAUACAUUGCACACUGAAGACAUCUAACGCUGCCCUCGUUAAGUAUUCACUCUCUAGCUGUUGGGUCCUCUCUUACUGUGAGACAAAGCACAAAGUAGAUAGCAUGUGAUACAUCCUCCAUGCAUGAGCCUUCGUCCAACAGCCUAUGGGGAUUAUUCUGACAGGCAAAGUCAUGCUUACAAGUGUAAACUAACAAGUGUAAAUUAAAAGAAUACUCACUCCUCUUUCAUUACUCAUUCUUAGAUUCAAUGAGUUCAGUUUUCUAGUACUGUAGGUCAAGGUUACGCGUUCAAUAAAAACUGCCAUAUCUCUUUUACAAUCAGGGCCAAGUCUUAAUGCUAUGUAUGUUUUUGUAGGUAUUUGUUAGUUAUUUAAUGCAAUACUAACAAGUAAUUGGGGAGGUAUAUGCACGUUUUUGGGGAGGUAUAUGCAAACCUGCAUAAUAUGCGGUUCUUUAGUGAUAAUCCAUUAAUGUAACAUAUCUGAUAAAGUACUUAUUGCAUUAAAGCACUAACAAAUACCUACAAAUACAUAUAUAGCAUUAAAAUUUGGCCCAGAUUAUAAAAAAGAUAUGCCUAUUUUUAUAGUGGGAGUGCGACUCCAUUACCCUCCGCAAGGCCUUGCCCUUGUGUCAUGGGAUUGAAGUGAUGUCAAUCACGGAGGGGCAGUUCUUCGCCUGUCAAAUUGAAAGGUGACAAGAGAGUGAGGAGACAUCACAAGGAGGUCCAGAGAGGUACACCGCUGCUGGGCUUAGCUAUGUUCCCUGCAAGCUUGAUCCUUCUGUUGAAGACAAAAUACUGGAGAAAUCAGUUAAUCAAAAAUAAGAUUUUAUUACCCGGCUUAAAGCACGACAUGAGCAGAUUCAAGCAAAAAAGUUGAUGUAUUAUAUUUAAGCAAUAAGGCCCGAGGGGGUGUGGUAUAUGGCCAACAUACCACGGCUAAGGGCUGUUCUUAAG